AUGUCCGUGGCAACUAAAUGCUCUCUCUUCUGGGUCGACUUGGAUGAUCUUGUGAUAGAACGCGACAACGACACUGCAACAUGCAAUUCUGACAUGACCAAGUGUGUUAUCAUUGGUCCAUCUGGAGACAAGCUUGAUGCGACAUGCGACUCCACGCUACAAUAUUCCGGCAUCGCCGACGCAUCAUAUAGCAAGUAUUUCUGUGUAUGCGGAAGCGAGGCGGUCUCAGUUCCCGAGACUGUUAACUGCGCAGACAAAUGUUACGAUUUAAGUUACCCGUUUCCAACGUGCAACUACCUUGAUAUUUACAACGGCUUCACGUCUGGUAGCCCGUCUAACAUCAUAUUGGAAGAUAUGUGUGAUGCGUACAGGUGUGAUGUUUCAGGCGUUAACUGUACUUCCGACGGCGCUUGGCUCUAUCAGUGUGACAAUCGCAAGCACGAUUCACCAGGAAUCUCAUCGACGCAUAGUUACGUGUGUAAUUGCACCGGACCAGCAGCCGUCCAACCGGAAUACAGUGGGACACCAAAUGGGACUUCUUGUGGGCAGUCGAGGGAAACGCCGGUAUCUCCAAGUCAGACUACGGCCCCGCAGAGCAGUAACUCUGACCCGAUGCCCGUCUACCCGUCGAUGCUCGUAGUACUUGGCAUUUUAUUUGCCCUUAGUGCUAUCUGCUGA